GGAUGAGGGCAAGAUGGCGGCGGUGGGGCUGCGUGUGCUGCAGGCGCUGAAGCGGCUCUGCUGCGUGGCCGUUUUCCUCUCGCAGCUCUACGUCCUCUCCGGCCGGGGGUCGCUGAGCUUGGAGCAUUCUCAUCCACAGGCUUCGCUCUCAAAGAUUGCCGGGGUCCCUUCAAGCACCCAUAUCCCAGCAUCCAAAGUGCCAGCAGAGGGCACCUCAGUUCCAACUUAUGUGACCCAAUGUCCCAGUAAUGGGAUUUGUAACCGACUACCUCCGGAAUGUGUGAUCUGUAGAACAAACUAUUCUUGUAUCUAUGGCAAGCCAGUUGCAUUUGAAUGUGAAGUCAAACCCCAGGUCCAUUGUGUUGAUCAAAAUAACAAUCCUCAGAAGACUUUCUUGAUUAACAUGACUUGCCAAUUUUGCUGGCAGCUGCCACCCUCAAGCUACCUUUGCUCCAAUCCGAACAACUGCAAGACAGUGUCGUGCCCACGACAACGCUACAUGGCCAAUUGCACUGUGAAAGACCACAUCCAUUGUCUAGGAAACCGUACUUUUCCCAAGAUGCUCUAUUGCAAUUGGACUGGAGGCUACAAAUGGUCAACAGCCUUGGCCUUAAGCAUCACGCUCGGUGGCUUUGGUGCAGACCGGUUCUACCUGGGACAGUGGCGGGAGGGGCUUGGCAAACUCUUCAGUUUUGGCGGUCUGGGGAUCUGGACGCUGAUAGAUGUGCUCCUGAUUGGAGUUGGGUACGUGGGUCCCACAGACGGUUCGCUCUACAUCUAACCAUCGAAACAAUCAGGUGGAUCACCCUGAGAUAUUCACAGAUCGGACUUGAAUGAUCUAUCUGGAAUUGCUUGCACGUCUGUUUAAUGUACAGUAUCUGUACUUGGCCUGCCUUUAUUUUUAAGGCAAAAUAAAUGAGUUGUGGAUGCUUG